AUCUACUGGAGGUACUCCAUACUGUAUGUAUUUGGCUCAGCUUGGGAUAUAUAACUUUGGUCCUCCCCCCUCCCAUCGACUGUUCUCUUCCUGCAUUACCUACUGGUGCAUCUUGAACUCUGUCUGCAGGCGUGGCUGUUCGUGUGUGUGCUCGCGUGAUUACCACCCUCUUAUAUAUUUAAGAGUAUUUCGUAGACGGGCGGACUUGUUGGUUCGUCUUCCCACGCUCGCAUUACACCUACGUAUACACGUACACGCCAAAUCAUGAGAGGAGGCCUUUGGAACUGCUUAGAACCGAGGAUUGGACGAUCAAACAUUGCAUCUUGCUGCCCAUAAACGAAACGAUGAACCGAGAUAUGAAGCUGGAUGUUGAAUCCGUCAUGGCCGACCAAGACAAGAACAGCCGCUACGAGGGCUACUUCGCCUAUCGACCACUAUCCAACCUACCUACACCGCCCCCAAGCUCUCGCAACUCAUCCGCGGCUCAAUCACCACGAACUACACUUGACGAUGGAGAGCCAUUGAUGCCUCGAUUUCGAGGCCCUGCCAUCCACCUCGUCAACCUCAUCCCGUCAUCUGCCUCUCUGGCCACGGCCUCUGUCCCUCUUGUUCAGGCCAUCCUGAGCCGCGCCAAUCUCCCGAUUGAGACCGUUGCUCUCGCAGUAUGCAUUCUCGAUAGCCUCGACUCCCGCUUCGCCCGACGAUGGCGCCUCUCGUGCCCCCUGCUGUCCGGCUACUUCUCAUCCACGUCUAAGCGACACACUCUCCCGCCGACGCCCAUCAUGCCUCAACGACAGCAGUUACACAUCGACUCAGUCAACCCCGAGCUCAUCAUUUUGGCAGCUCUUGUCAUUGCGGUCAAGUUCAUGGAGGAUCCCCAGGAGGCUUCUCAGUACUAUUGCAAAGCCUGGGGCCGGGGCAUGUGGUCACCCGAGCAGCUCAACACCACCGAACGAUGCAUCAUGGAGAACCUCAACUACCGCAUCAUGCCCCUUUGCGAUGAGGACUGUCUGACGGAUGCUAUGGUGGAUAUGCAGUAUGCCGCUCAGCAGCCCCAGUGGGACAUCAACGAGCAUAUGCCCGCGGAUAGUGACGGCGAGAGCGACGACAGCAACAAUCACAAUAACUAUGUGCCUAGCCACUCCAGAUCAAAGACACUCGGCACAGGAUCGGCAGUAUUGGGUUUGGGCCUUUCUCUAACACCUGUCGAUACCCCGACUGCCGAGGCCAGCCACUCGACUACCCCGCAACCGUCAAGGCUCUGCAAUGACUACUUCAACCAUUUCCAGGCACGAGAGGAUUAAAAAGGAUAAACGGCGUUCUUUCUUCACUUUGGGCAUUACGAGGCGUUACCGUGGAUACCGACACAUUUAGCGACUUUUUAUGGGUUGUUUUGACAGCGACUCGACUCGAUCCGGCGUGAUAGGCAUCUUGUUAUGUGUUGUUUUGGGAAUCAGACCCCUUUUAUAACGCUCCUGAUUGGACGACGGGGCGGGAAAUAGCAUUGUUCUAUAUACGGAGGCAUUCGGGGUGAACAUUGAGUUCCUAUAAUCGAGGAACAAGUUUAUUGGGAUUGAUUUGGUUUGUUUUGGUUAGCUGGGUUUCCUUACACGGCAUCAUAGGUUGAAGCAUGGAUAUGGCAUCUGAUCUGAAGCUAGGAUUACACAUACCCCUUUCCGUAUAUUCUAGUCAAUAACUACGUACUUUUAAUGUUCUAUAAAUGGCUCCCGGUCCCAUACAAAUCACUCCGGCCCUUGGCAUAACAAAUCAGGCGAUAUCAUCAUGCCAGCAUUUCUCAGGGGGGAUCCACCCUGUUGACGUUGAUGUCUUAUCCAGGGUUCACCGCAUGAAAAAAACUCAUGAUGCAGUUUUUGUAAGUCAGUAUACUAUGCUUGGAUACGGCAGUUGAUGCCGGCUUGUUGUUUUGAUUGUAUGUUGAAGAUAUGUGGUGUUAAUUACUGUGUCGAACGAGAGUUGCAGAUGAAGAGCUAUAAUAGAAUUCGCUGUAUGCUACUCAAUCACCCCCUUGUCUAUGGACUAUUAUCUUAACGAGGAGCUCAUUCAUCAUUUCGCUUCUGUAUCUGGCUACAUGUUGAGAAUGGUUGAGUAUCUGUAUGACACCAAUACAUCUCCUCAAGGACUCAGCCUCUUCAAUGUCCACUCCUCUUCCUCGCCCUCCCGUUCAUAGACGAACCUGUCGUGAAGUCUACUCUCCCUUCCCUGCCAGAACUCGAUCCUAUCCGGGAUAAUCCUCAGCCCACCCCAGAACUCAGGAACAGGGAUUUUCUCCUGCCCCUCAAACCGCUUCUCGACCUCUUUAACCCAUCCUUCCAGCUGCUUGCGGCCAUCGUCGCCGUCACCUUGUGGCUCAAGUACUUGACUCUGUCGACUAGCCCAUGCACCGAUUCUGCUUCCCCGAGCUCGUGUGUCGUAGUAUGUCUGACUUUCUUCACGGGAGAUCUUCUCCACCCGUCCUUCAACAUGGACUUGGCGCUGUAGGGAUUCCCAGAAGAACAACAUCGCAGCACGGGGGUUGGUCGCUAUAUCAGCUGCCUUGCGAGACGUGCCCAGGUUAGUGUAGAUGACGAAGCCGCGGUUGUCGAGCUCCUUUAGAUACACAGUACGAGAGGAGAUACGGCCUGAGGGGAGAGAUGCUGUUGAGAGAGUGCAUGAUUCAGGAUGAUCUACGCCAGAAUCAUUCUCUUGGGCACGGGAGAACCAUGCGUGGAAUUGAGGGAUAGGUGAUGUUGGGUUGAGCUGUGAGCGGACGAGAGUUCCUUUGGUAAACUGCUCGGCUUGACCCGUUGCCUGAUGGCCCGCGGGGGCGACUAUGAGUUGUUAGUAAACUGUUCCAUGAACAAAUAGUGUUGUGAAGAAAGGAGUCAUGAUGGCAAGACUGGCGGGGUAAGGUUGAACAUACAGAUGAGCUUCGAAGUAUCUGCUGAAUGAAGCGCCAUUUUUGCAGUAGAGAACAACCUAGAGCUGAAGUUAGGUAUUAGAAGACGCAUUGAAAUAUAUAUAUAUAUAUGAGUCUACUGUAGGAAAUCAUGCGAUUUGACUCACUGGACGGACUUUGAGGCAUACGAUGGAAUGGGAUGUUCAAGAGGAAAGAAGGUACGUACUGCGCUAUCGGCGGGUGGUGGAGUCAUGACAUCUUCGAAGUGAAGGAAGUUUCUAGUUGCUAAC